GGGUGGGGGGUGGGGAGGGUGGACAGAAGAUUUCGCACGCGGAGGACUCCGGCCCCCUCUGGCAGCAAAGGCUCCAGCGGGCGAAGUGAAUACCAUGGGCUCUUGCUCCGGCCGCUGCACGCUUCUUGCGCUCUGCGCUCUGCAGCUGGUCACAGCUCUGGAACGACAAGUGUUUGACUUCCUGGGUUACCAGUGGGCACCCAUCCUGGCCAACUUCGCCCACAUCGUCGUGGUCAUCUUGGGGCUCUUCGGCACCAUUCAAUACCGGCCACGCUACAUCGUGGUGUAUGCAGUAUGGGCAGCUGUCUGGGUUACCUGGAAUAUCUUCAUCAUCUGCUUCUACCUGGAAGUGGGGGGCCUCUCAAAGGACAGUGAACUCUUGACCUUCAAUCUCUCCCGGCAUCGUUCCUGGUGGGAAGAGUAUGGGCCAGGCUGUCUUCACGAGAAGGCGGCCACAGCUGGCCUGGGUGCACUGCACGGACAGUCCGUGGUGGUGGGUCCUGGCUGUGGCAUGGUGCACAGCUAUGUGGAAGCCCUGCACAGUGGCCUGCAGAUCCUGCUAGCGCUCCUGGGUUUCGUCUACGGCUGCUACGUGGUCAGCGUGCUUACAGAAGAAGAGGACAGCUUUGAUUUCAUUGGUGGAUUUGACCCAUUCCCCCUGUACCAUGUCAAUGAGAAGCCGUCCGGCCUCUUGUCCAAGCAGGCAUAUUUGUAA